AUGCAAAAAUCAAUCAGAGUUGAACUGUUGCAGGUCAACACCACCAACAACUCUAAGCAGCCUCAAUGGGCCGCAAUUGUGGGAGCUUCCAAGGGAGUGGAAGUUCAGACGACGGGGGUGAAGAAGGGGAGCGAGUGGCUUUUAGAGUCGCUGAAGAUGCAGAUGAAGCCUAAGAGUGAGCUUCAACACAAAAAGAACAAGACGCGAGGUAACGGGCAGAGACAUGAGGAUGUGAAGCUGAAGGAGCCCAAAGAAAGACUCUUUGCGCUGAAGGGAAGGGUCAGAAAGUGGCCAGCAAAGAUUGUAAAGAAGGAAACGGCUGCUAAGGAGAGCUGGCCUACAUUAGGUAGCACCAUCCCAAAUCAGACUGUUGAGAAAUUAAUCGGUCCAAUGUGGAGCAAGGCUAUCAGAGAUGGAGAUCUAUGUCGGGGGCUUAGAUCCACUAGCGCAUACAAUGGCUGCGAAAAAGUUGGGUCUCACCUGAGCGACAGUGGGGUGAGCGAGUUCACUCCGAGGCAUAGCAGAAUUAGCAACGUAACAGUGUAA